AUGGCGGGAGCCAACAGACCAUACAAACAAUUGCUAUUUCUGCAUGGUACCUCCAAUACAAAAGGGCUUGUCAUAGAAAAAAAGGGGUCCAUUGAAUAUCCAAACAUUCCAUCGGCUAUUCGCCCAGUUCCACAUGGAGAACGUCUACCUGUCCCUGAUGCACCAACUUCGGUAUACUUCGAGUCAGAUGAAGAAAGUGGUGAGAAGGAAGAAGAGAAGGAUGACAGUGCUAGAUUACAGAAUGACCGAAACUUUGAUGAAGCACACUCCUCUAGACCACAUCUUAUAACAAAAAGGGAACUCCAUGACCUUGUCAGGGAUCUGCAACUACUCAAAAAUAAGGCAGAGCUGCUAGGCUUUCGUCUUCAACAGUGGAAUCUCCUAGCAGCUGAUUUGAAGAUUUCAAAAUUUCGUGACUGUCAGCAGCAGUUGAACAAUUUAUUCGUAAAGGAAGGUGGUUUAGUGGGCUGCAACAAUAUUAAUGGUCUGAUGGAAGCACUUGGCAUCGACUACGAGCCGAAUCACUGGAGGCUGUUCAUAGAUUCAUCAGAAACGAGUCUGAAAGGUGUCUUGCUGCUUAAACCAUCAGUUCCAUUGGGACCUUCCACUAGUGAGGGUGCUGCCUGCUGCUCCAGGACGCAGUCGUACCGUUGUAGGGCGUCCUGCGAGGCUGUGUUCACCGCCCGCACUCCGUCACGACACCUCAGACACCAGUUGAGUAGGGACUGCCACGCCCACGCCCACGUAACUAGCUGCGCCCACGCCCUCACCCGGACCACGCCCGCACACCGCCCAGAGAGAACAGACCUUCACUGCUGUGUGUCGUCGGAGUCAGCUUCGUGCAGGGCGACGUGUCGGAGAGUACUGACCUCUCAGGCCUCGCAGCAAGACAUACUGGACCAGCUGGAGGACGCUUGUGGCACUGUUGACCUCACGAACGGGCUCUGGAAAUGCCUCUUCCGUCAGAGUGAAGCUGCCGUCCCAGAGGUGAGACAGGUCUCUAAGCUGGGUCGUCUAGGGCUGGACGCUGCCAAGCUGGGGUGCUGCAGGCAGGCUGUGUCUGUGGAGUGUCGUGGGCUGUGUGUGCGAGCCUUCUCCAAGGAGUGGGGCAGGUCCUGGGACGCCCUACACACCUCCUGCCUCACACGCCCACAGGAGGCCACCCUCUUCGCCUGCCUGGCGGAGGCUGACGCCCCCUGCCAGCAGGGAUGCUCUGGCCUCUCCUUCUGCAGCAACUUCAACAACAGACCCAACCAGCUCUUCCGCUCCUGCAACUCCCGCGCCGACGCAGCUGCGCAGGAGGAUCUGCAACUUUGGCAGGAGAGUUUGACGCUGAGUCUACCAGGACUGGCUGCCACGGUGCCACUCAGAAGUGUCAAGGAGUGCCAGGGAGACCUGUGGAAGGCCGUAGCCUGUACCCUACACCUGCGGCCCUGCCACCCUACCACCCUAACUAACACUAUAUGCUGGAACGACUGUGUUAGACUACUAUCAAGGUGUGUGCGCGAGCCAGCAGCAGCAGGGGCAGCAGCAGGGGUGGUGGGUGGUGAGGGCGGUGUUACAGCAGGGGCAGUAUGUGACGCCCUCAGUCCCCUGCCAGGGAGCCCUUGCAUCUCCCUCACCCCUUUUCUCAACCCUUCCCCCCUGCCCAACGAGGCACCCUGGAGGGCGCCCACCACCCCCUGCCGCCACGCCCCCUGCCCCGCCCGCCACCUCUGCCUGGUCGACAGGGAGUGUGGACCUGGCCGUCCCUGCCGACCCUACCUCUGUGUCCCUGCCUGCACCCUGGGUGAGGUCUCCAGUGUGGCUGUCCCUGUUGGUGCCUUCGUCAGCGUCCCCUCCAGCGUAGGGGCGUCGGGAUGUGGGCGUGUGUGUGAGUGUGGGCGUGAGGGCGGCCUGGGGCGGUGUCGCUACCUGCCUUGUGUGGAUCCCGCUCCCUGCUGGCUGGCUACCUCCAAGAUUGGCUCAAAUGAUAAGACUCCGCAACAGCAGAACCCAAAGCGUCGACCAGAAAAUCCUGUACAAACACACACUAAUAGACGCGAUUUUCCCAUGCGUGGCACAGUUAGAAUCGUACUGCAUAAAUAA